AAGCAGCCGGUGAUGGCGGCAGCAGCAGUGAAGUCUGCGGCGGGUCCGGGCCCAUGAGGCGACGACGGAGGCGGGACGGCUUCUACCCAGCGCCUGACUUCCGACACAGGGAAGCUGAGGACAUGGCAGGAGUGUUUGACAUAGACCUGGACCAGCCAGAGGAUGCAGGCUCUGAGGAUGAGCUGGAGGAGGGGGGUCAGUUAAAUGAAAGCAUGGACCAUGGGGGAGUUGGACCAUAUGAACUUGGCAUGGAACAUUGUGAGAAAUUUGAAAUCUCAGAAACUAGUGUGAACAGAGGGCCAGAAAAAAUCAGACCAGAAUGUUUUGAGCUACUUCGGGUACUUGGUAAAGGGGGCUAUGGAAAGGUUUUUCAAGUACGAAAAGUAACAGGAGCAAAUACCGGGAAGAUAUUUGCCAUGAAGGUGCUUAAAAAGGCAAUGAUAGUAAGAAAUGCUAAAGAUACAGCUCAUACAAAAGCAGAGCGGAAUAUUCUGGAGGAAGUAAAGCAUCCCUUCAUUGUGGAUUUAAUUUAUGCCUUUCAGACCGGUGGAAAACUCUACCUCAUCCUUGAGUAUCUCAGUGGAGGAGAACUAUUUAUGCAGUUAGAAAGAGAGGGAAUAUUCAUGGAAGACACAGCUUGCUUUUACUUGGCUGAAAUCUCCAUGGCUUUGGGGCAUUUACAUCAAAAAGGGAUCAUCUACAGAGACCUGAAGCCGGAGAACAUCAUGCUUAAUCACCAAGGUCAUGUGAAGCUAACAGACUUUGGACUAUGCAAAGAAUCUAUUCAUGAUGGAACAGUCACACACACAUUUUGUGGAACAAUAGAAUACAUGGCCCCUGAAAUCUUGAUGAGAAGCGGCCACAACCGUGCUGUGGAUUGGUGGAGUUUGGGAGCAUUAAUGUAUGACAUGCUGACUGGAGCACCUCCAUUCACUGGGGAGAAUAGAAAGAAAACAAUUGACAAAAUCCUCAAAUGUAAACUUAAUUUGCCUCCCUACCUCACACAAGAAGCUCGAGAUCUGCUUAAAAAGCUGCUGAAGAGAAACGCUGCUUCUCGUCUUGGAGCUGGCCCUGGGGAUGCUGGAGAAGUCCAAGCUCAUCCAUUUUUCAGACACAUUAACUGGGAAGAACUUCUGGCUCGGAAGGUGGAGCCUCCCUUUAAGCCUCUGUUGCAAUCUGAAGAGGAUGUGAGUCAGUUUGAUUCAAAGUUUACACGUCAGACACCUGUUGACAGCCCCGAUGACUCAACUCUCAGUGAAAGUGCCAACCAGGUCUUUCUGGGUUUUACAUAUGUGGCUCCAUCUGUACUUGAAAGUGUGAAAGAAAAGUUUUCUUUUGAACCAAAAAUCCGAUCGCCUCGAAGAUUUAUUGGUAGCCCACGAACGCCUGUCAGGCUUAACUGCAAGCCUUGGAACAGGCAGAAGUUAUAUGAUCUACAUUGCAUCCUUGUCCUGGGCCUGCACUACACUGGAAAAAAAUAUCACCACCUGUUCUUAUCCCAGUAUUUGAGUCAAGCCCAUGGCCAAGGAGAGCCCGAAGAGAGAAUCAGGCUGAAGUGCACAAUGAGGGCAGUAAGCAGGGCACUGGCCCUGCAGGGAAGAGGGUGUUGCCAUGGGCCAGCCUCUUUCUGUCUCUUUACAGCAUAUCAGUAUGGUUUUAGUUUUACUUUGUACUGUUUUGCUGUUUACCUUCCUUAACAAUUUUCUUUAAGAGUCUACAAAAGAAAAAAAGGUGUUUUUUCCCUCCUGUACUGGGGCUACAUUUUUUAAUUGUAAAAAUAUUUGAUGGCCUUUUGAUGAAUGUCUUCCAUAAUGAAUAAGAAAACCUAGUGGCUUAAUUUAGGAAACAUGUUAACAAGACACUGUUUUUGAAAUUGUAACAAAAUCUACAUAAGUGAUUUACAGGUACAAAGAAUAAAAAUAAAGGUAACUUUACUUUUCUUAAAUACUUCCUGCCUUAAGGAGCAUUUCCAUGACUAGCUGGUGAAAGGGUUUAAUAUCUGCAGAGCUUUAUAAAAUAUACUUCAGUCCAUACUGGUCCCCGUAGACGGUCACACAGUGAGUCCUGUCACACCACUUUGUUUGGUCUUUUAUGUCUUCAGUCUGAACAACUCACUUGGUAAUAAUAGUUGCAGCCCUCGGGUUUCUUUAUAUGCAGAUGCUCUUGCUGUGUUCCUCAUAGGAUCCAAGCCAUAAAAAUUUUUAUGCAUGUCAGAACUAGUCAGGAUUGACCCAGACCUUGCUUAUUUAAAUUGUAAUUGAAGUGCAAUCAGAAGAAAUUUUUAACAGUGAGCAAAAAUAGAACCUUGAGGGGCUGGAAAGAUGACUCUGCAGUUAAGAACUCUGGCUACUUUUCCAGAGGUCCAGAGUUCAAUUCCCAGCACACACAUGGUAGCUCACAUCUAUACACUGCAGUCUCCUUGGGUCAGAUGCUCUCUUGUAUGCAGACAUGCAGACAAAACAUUCACAUGCAUAAAAAUCUUUUUAAAAAACAAAACAAAAGAGCCAUGACAGAUGAUUUCAAUUGUGGCAGUAAAAGUCCAUCUUUGGACAGAGGCGGCUUUUUAUCAUUUAAAUGAUCACUCCCGAGUCUCUGACUGUGGCAGCAUUUUGAGAACUUCAUAGUUGUAGCAGUAAAUUAGAGCUGCAGUAAUGACUCAGAAUGUUCUUCAUUCUUUGAGAGUUUGCGGUAUCUUAAAAAAAUAGAACCCCUCCAAAAACCUAUGGCAAUGCAUAUAGGAAUCAUUUCAGACUGCAAAUGGCUUAUGCUGCUCUGAUAUCUGUUUCCAAAUGUGUUUACUAACUAUAGCGUUGACUGCCUGGCCAAAUUCCAAUAAGACUUUUACACUAAAUGAUUCCUCCCUUGCUGUAGUUGCUAGUAAUAUGUGCACUGUGACCACCCCAUAAACUGUUAAACUGUUCAUAUAAUUACUGCCAGCAAUAGUGGCAAAUAUCACAGUGUUUUUGUGUAGAACGCAUUAAUUGUAUACCUUCCAUCUACUUCCAUCUACACAAAUAUAUAGCUUUUCUAUCACAGCACUAAGUGAAAUUGAUCAUGCUGUGGCAAGUUUAUUGAGAAACUUUCAUAAAUGGAUACCCCUUCUAUGACUGUGAAAACAUGUCAGGUGUCACAUGAGUGUCACAGACAGAAAGCACACGCCUAUGCAAUAUGGCCUAUUCUGUAUUUAUUUGUAAAAAUGGAAGCAUAAUUUAAAGUGUAUGUCAAAACUAGUUUGAGUUUCUAAGAGAGGUGUUCAUGCUUGUACCAGGUAAGUGUAUAAAAAAAGAUUACGUGCUUCUUCUUUCAUUACUUGAUUAUUUUCUUUAAAAUCAGCUAUUACAGGAUAUUUUUUUAUUUUCUACAUGCUGUUUUUUAAUUAAUAUGUACUCACUGAACUGAAGUUUACUAAAUUUGUUUUAUAAGGUUUGUAGUGUUACAGAGUAACUGGGAUUUAUAAACCAGCUGUGAUUAACAAUGUAUUAAUUAUUGAACUUGAACCAGACCAUUAGGAAAAUUAUGUUAUUUCUUCCCCUUGUAUGCUCUUAAAAGAAUUUUUUUCCCCCAUACUGUUUUUGAGAUUGUUUGAGAUCUGAGGAGAGGAUGCAUGUAUGAGACUCCAUAAAUUCAACAUUCUGUACUAUAGGUGACAACUAUAAACAAAAUGUAUCUUAGCAUUAAUAUCCUAAGCCUUGAACAUCAUAUUUAAUACAGGACCAUUUUAGAAUUAUUCAGUUAGUUGUAUAUUUCCUAGCUUACAAGGGCUAGUUCUAAGAUAUUCUCAUGAGAAAUGUUGAAUUUAUGAAGAAUGAAUUUUGAGGCUUUGAAAAUGGUUAGUAUCUCAAAAGAUGUCAGUAUCCAAACAUCUAUGGUUUCGUCCUAGGAGCAGACAUUAGCUAGAUAGACAGUCAUUAACAAUAUUUGUCACACAGGACCUAUGGUUUGUUGCUGAACAAUAUAGUACUUUCCUCAUGUGACUCAACACUAUAGCACAAGUAUUACUCCCCUGGAUUCUCUGAAGGAGCAUCUAAAAGACAGGUUUCUGACAGUGUUUGCUCUUUAAACUAUGUUUUCUUCUACCCCAAGUUGGCUUUGCAUCUAUUAAAUAAGUUCUUCAGCUGCCUUAUUAGGAGUUCUAUGAGGACAACACCUUUUCUGCUUUUCAUCUUGUAUUAGUUGACUGUGUUAAGAUAUUUGAUUUCAGAUUGAAUGAAUGUAAAUAGAAAUUAAAUGCAAAUUUGAAUGAA